CCUGCAGGAAAAGGAUGGAGAGAAGAGUCGAGACAAAGACGAUAGGAGAGAGGCGAAGGCCAGAGAGAGAUGUACGCUGAACGGACAUCACUUCAGCAUGGUCUCCUCCCAGACACAAUCCUCCUCCUGCCACCAAUGCAGCAAAACCAUCAACACUAAGGAUGCCUUUCUCUGCACCCAUUGCAAUUCACAUGUUCAUAAGAGUUGUAGAGAAAGCCUGCCUGUCUGUGCCAAGGUGAAGAUGAAGUCGCCCAGACAGCAGUUUGCAGUUCCAGAUUCAGCCACCAUUCCUGUUGUCACCCGGAGACCAAAACGAGGGUUAAACCCAGGUGCAUCGAGGGAGCGACCCUGGUCAGCCAUCUUGUCUCCAGAAGACCACUCCUCAUUGGUUGUUCCCUCCCGAAGACAUACCUCCAUCAUACCUUUCCCCGGCUCCAACCUGUCAAAGAGCAUCUCCAUAUCCAACAUCGCUGGUCACCAGGUGUUUGAUGACAUGCCUAUCAAGGGUAUACGGUACCUGUCCCAUUCUACUGACUCUCUGUGCAAGACCAACCUGGUCAAUGAAUCUACAGAGUCACUCACAGACGAAGGCACAGAGAUGAUUGACAGUCAGCAUGGGGAGUUUGAGGAAGACCUGAAAGAGCUGGAAGCAGACUCCUGGAGCAACGUUAUGGACAGCAACUUCCUCAAACAUCUGAAGAAGGACGUCAUCAAGAGACAGGAGGUCAUCUACGAGUUGAUGCAGACAGAGAUGCACCACGUGAGGACCCUGCUGAUCAUGAUGGAGGUGUACAGUAAGGGUCUUGUGAAGGAGCUGCAGCUGGAACCUCAGACAGUAGACAGGCUGUUCCCUGCCCUGGGGGAGCUCCUGGACCUCCACACCUCCUUCCUGACACGUCUCAUGGAGAGGAAGAGAGAGAGCCAGCUGGAGGGGGAGGACAGAGGAUUCAUCAUCAACAAGAUAGGAGACAUCCUGGAGACACAGUUCUCAGGGACCAAAGCAGCGAUUAUGAAGAGAGUUUACGGGAAGUUCUGCAGCCGCCACAACGAGGCCGUAAACAUCUACAAGGAGCUGCACUCCAAAGACAAACGCUUCCAGGCCUUCAUCAGGAAGAAGAUGAGAAGCAGUAUCGUCCGGAGGCUAGGUAUCCCAGAAUGCAUUCUGUUAGUCACCCAGAGGAUCACCAAGUACCCCGUCCUGAUGCAGAGAAUACUACAUCACACCAAAGAGAAUGAGGAAGACCAUGGGGACCUGAGUGAUGCUCUAUACAAGGUCAAGGAGGUCAUCACUGCAGUGGACAGCAAGGUGAACGAGCAUGAGAAGAAGAGGAGGCUGAAGGACAUCUACAGCCGAACAGACAGCAAGUCCAUAAUGAGGAUGAAGAGCGGUCAGAUGUUUGCUAGAGAGGACCUGCUCAGAGGGAGAAGAUUGCUGUAUGAUGGACCUCUGCAGCUGAAGAACUCACAGGGGAAACUCAAGGAUGUAACGGCCAUCCUUCUCUCUGAUAUUGUCGUCUUCCUACAGGAGAAAGACCAAAAAUUCGUCUUUGCCUCUCUGGACCAGCGCUCCACGGUCCUCUCCCUCCAGAAGCUGAUCGUUAGAGAGGUGGCUAACGAGGAGAAGGGUCUCUUCCUGAUAACAGCAGGGACGGAGAAACCAGAGAUGGUGGAGGUACACACUGCAACCAAGGAGGAACGCAACACCUGGAUGCAAAUCAUACAGGAGGCCAUGCAGUCCAUAGAGAAAGAUGAGGAUGAGGAGAACCCCAGUGAAACAGAGGAGGACAAGAGACUGCUGGAGACCAAAGCUAAGGAGAUGAGAGAGAUGCUGAGGAAGAAGGAUGAGCAGAUCAUGUGUAUGCUGGAGGAGAAGAUGGCCGUGUUUAGGGAGAUGUGUGAGGUCCGGAGCCCUGGAACCCCCCCAGGAGAGGACCAGGGCCCCAGCCACGUCACCAGGGCCAAGGGGCUGUUCAGGGCUGGGAGCGGAGCGGGCUCUGAGGACAUACCUAAAGGAGAACCCAUCAUAAAGGGAGCACUACAGGAAGUGGAGACGUUGCAGGCGCUGGUGAACGGUACUCUGGGAGGAGCGAUGGGGGGGCAGCAGGUGGUUUGGGUCCCAGAGACAGAAGGAGGAGGAGGAGUGGUGGGCCCGGGCCCUGUAUGUCUCCUUCGCAGGGCCGAGACCUUCGGAGGCUUUGACUCUCAGCAGAUACACAUCUCUAAGAAUGGGGACAAAGAACCAGCUGGUGGUCCUCAGACCACCAAGCAUAUCUGA